CUCCUACUGGAGGGCGAGCUAUAUGACACAGAACCACGCGAUCCCGCUCAGGUCUUGAGCGAUGCGAAACAGAAGCAGGAAGCAGUCCGGAGCACAUUAGCCAAGGAAGACAUACCAGGGGCCCUGGAAAUCGCGCUGGACAGCACACCUUAUGGGCCAAAUGACGAGGAAGCUAAGGCGACUUUACCGUUGUUCGUUGUUUCGAUACUGAAUAGCAUGAAGUCAUCAGAGAUAAUUAACGUCGUCAAAGCGCUCUCCCAGGAUGAUCAGGACACGUUGAUGAAGUACUUUUACAAGGGUAUGGGAAUGCCGGGCUGGUGUGGUGUGAGC